AUGCAAGUCAUGAAAUCUGCCACUCAAGUGGAAACAAUACAACCGUCACCACCAUCACUGUCAUCAUCAUUAUCGCUUGGGCUUAACAAGAUGAGACCCUACGAGACGGUGGACCACCUGGUGUCGUGCAACGCUGUGGUGGUGUUCAGCAUGAGCGACUGCUGCAUGUCCACCGUGGUCAAGCACCUCCUCUUCAGUCUGGGCGUUAGCCCUACCGUGGUGGAGCUCAACGAGCAGGCAGAUGGCCCCGACAUCCGAUCCGUCCUCUACCAGCUUGCCAGGUCCCACCAGCCCAUCCCCGCCGUCUUCAUCGGCGGCAAGUUUCUUGGUGGGGUGCAAACCCUCAUGGCCAGCCACAUUAACGGCACCCUAGUUCCUCUCCUCAAAGAAGCUGGGGCUCUGUGGCUCUAA